AUGUCGAACCUUCUGAGCGCGGAAAACCUGCAGGGUAGACUGCUAUUCGCCAUCCCGAAAAAGGGGCGAUUGUACGAAAAGUGUCUCGAGAUCCUCUCGGGAGCCGACGUGCAGUUCAAGCGACAGCACCGCCUCGAUGUAGCACUCGUGCAAAACCUUCCGAUCGCACUCGUCUUUCUUCCGGCCGCCGACAUCCCGCGCUUUGUCGGCCAGGGUAACGUUGACCUGGGCAUCACAGGUCAAGACAUGGUGGCAGAGGCGGGCGAAUCCGUGGCGAGUUUGAUCAGCGAGGAGCUUCCACUCGGGUUCGGAAAGUGUUCGCUCCAGGUGCAGAUUCCGGAUCCGGGACUGGCUGCAAAUGCGCACAAAUCGAUCAAGUCGGUCGAAGAUCUGGUCGGCAAAAAAGUGGCAACGAGCUUCGACUAUCUUGCGGCAAAGUACUUUGCGCAACUGGAUGCCAAAGUGACAUUGGAACGACAAGCUGCUGGAAGUCUAGCUAAAGACCAAGUGCUCAAGACGCAGAUCGAGUACGUGGGCGGAUCGGUGGAGGCUGCCUGUGCGCUCGGACUCGCCGAUGGAAUUGUCGACCUCGUCGAAAGCGGCGAGACGAUGCGCGCCUGUGGGCUGACCGCCAUCACCGACCUGCUCGUCUCGCAAGCCGUGCUCAUCAAAAGCAAAGUGCCCCACCCGCGCUCCGACACAAACCUCAUCCAACUCAUCACCGCACGCAUCCGCGGCGUCAUCGCCGCCUCCAAAUAUGUGCUCUGCCAAUACAACGUCGAAAAAAUCCACCUCGCCCAGGCGCUCGAAAUCACCCCCGGUCGAAGAGCCGCCACAGUCUCCCCCCUCGAAGACCCAGACUGGAACGCUGUCAGCUCCAUGGUCCUCAAAGCCCAAGUCGCCACAAUCAUGGACAAGCUCGAAGCCAUCGGCGCAAGCGACAUCCUCAUCGUAGGAAUCAACAACUGCCGUGUCUAG